AUGAAUACUAAGAUGUUGGAACUGGAAGAAAAUUCACAAGAUGAGACCUAUUUAGGCCCCCAACAACAACAACAACAACAAUACUACCACCACAAGUAUUUGUCAAGCAGUGAACUCGAACCCUCACCUCCAGCACGAAAUAUGGUCGGUAAAGUUAACAAGGGCCUUUCCCUAUUUAGCAAAAAAUUUCAAACGGAAAGAAAGAAGAUUGCAUUGAAGUAUUUCUUAAACUAUUUAAUCAUGGGAAUUGGGGUUCUAGGAAUAUUCUCAAUCUACUGGGGCUCUUUCUAUAGGAUAAAUGGCAGGAUAAAAAAUUUGAAAAUGUUGGUAGUGAUAGAAGAUGACUCAAUAAUAAAUGGAUUGAACCCAGUUUUCGGUGACAAUUUGAAGGAAAUUCUACAAACUCCCGAAGCAAAGACCAGGGGCAAUUGGAAAAUAUACAACUCGACCGAAUUUGCUCAGAUAGCAUUAAAAUCCAAUCGCACUGCGGAAGAAGAAAUCAUGCACCAAAUUCAUCAUCAAGAAUAUUGGGCAUCGCUUCAUGUGUUACCAAACGCCAGCUAUAACUAUUUCAAUGCCUUGUCACACGGUGAUACCAAUUACGAUAUUGUUAAGAACACAGUUCACUCGAUUUAUGAAACAGGAAGGGAUUUCAAUGGAAUGACUCAAUUCGUCAUCCCUUCUAUCUCUAACGUGGAAAACGUAUGGCUAAGCAAACAGUCCACCAUGGCAUUUGAUAUCGUUGGCAAUCUCACUAUCAACUCCACUGAAAAACUAAAGCUACUCGCCCAACCAAUUAAAUUUGAAAUUGUGGAUCCAGUACCAUGGAACGACCCGAUUCUAAUUGGACCUUUUCAUGAUCUUCUAAUCUAUAUGACAAUUUUGACGUUGUUACAGUUUGAGUUUUUCAGUCCAGUCCACAAGGCAGUGUCUAAAUUAGGAAUAAGGAAACGUCAUUACAUGAUAUAUCGCUUCACAGCAUCUAUUUUAUCCUUCUUGGUAUUGAGCUUGUUUUGUUGUUUGGUGACAUUAGCUUUCCAAGUUGAUUUGACAGUCACAUACGGGAAGGCGGGGUUUGUGGUUUAUUGGAUGAUUGCUUUUAUGACUAUGUGGGCUCUCGGCUCUGUAAAUGAAAUCAUGGCAAUGUUGCUAAUCAUAGUCUAUCCUCCACUCGUUCAAUUCUGGUUGCUUUUCUGGAUAAUAGCCAAUAUCACACCCACAUUCACGCCAAUGGCGGUGCUUCCAAAAUUCUUUAGAUACGGAUACGCAUUACCCAUCCAUAACUCCUAUGAAGCCACUAAAACAGUAUUUUUUGGUACAUACAAGGGACAAUUAGGAAGAAACUUUGGUAUCUUAGCCGCUUGGUUUGCCGUAUUAAGUUUCAUAUUCCCAUUCGUUGUCUACUAUUUUAUAACCACAACCAAUAGGAAUUUUGAGCAACAAGUGUGUGCCGCUGUUAAUGAAAAAAAAGAGCUUGAAACUGAAGAACAUCACCAUUAG